CGAAAGUGAUUAGUGUGCCAUGUUGUAUUAUGCAAGAACGCCUCUAGAUCGCAUAGGGCAAAGUUUUGAUUCCAUGUGAAAAAGUAUGGCCUUGACAUCUUCAAGUCUUUUGACAUCUCCAAAGUUCUUGUGCAAAUACGUGCAAAGAACACCACCAUUGGCUGUCGUUUGCUAUAUACAUUCUCAGCUGGCAGUUCAACCUUGCAAAGUUCAAAAACCUUUUAUUUUUCAAUUGAACAGAAGGAAGAAAACUGCACAUGGAAGAAGAGGUACUGGACAGGAGUCCAGCUAUGGUCAAGUGCAAAGUUUGUUGUCUUUUCAAACAAAAGGAAGAAUCUUUUUGCACAAGAGCAAACACCGAUCAUCUCAUCUUCUCAAGCAAAAUAAUGGAAAUGUUAAACUGGACAAAAAUGUAAAGGACUUAUCACUGAUAUCAACAUGGAAUAACGAUCCACUUAUGGAUCACAAACAGUUGGUUGUAAUGGUUUUUAAAGAAGAUGCAUUUACUGGAAGACCUUCCUUAAGACUCAGGGAAGAUUUUGCUGCCUCUUCCCAAGGGUUUAAGGAGCCUUCAAAAGGUCAAGUUGCAAAGCAUAAAAUAAGAGACACAUGUUCAGCCUCUUUUGGCAAAUAUUCCAGAGCAACUCAGGAAGACAUGAGGCCACAUCCUCUGCCAGGUAGUGUGGACAGAGUUUUGGAAAUAUCUCCCUCAAAUUUAGGGAUUACAAACUCUAUUUCAGAAGCAGCAGUGCUGUUUUCAGACUUUUGUAGUGGUGAAAGAGAUUUUGAAAAGCCAGAGAUUAAAAAAACCUUCCAGAGUGGGCCAAAUGCUACUCAGCUUUCUUCAGUAUUACUGGAACUUAGAGAGGAGAUUCCAUUAUUCUUUCUGAAGAAGCCCAAUUAUGCAAUAUACAACAAGAGAAUUAAAUUUGUUAACAACAUCACUGGAGUCACAACACAGGAGCAAAAGCCUCAAGGUCUAAAAAGACAGUUUAUUUUUUAUCAGUUUUCAAAUUCUUUUAAACUGCAGGUGAUGCCCUCCACGUCACAGGAAAAGGAAAAUCCAUUAUGGAUGGUUGUGUUUUUGCCAUUGAUCCACAUUCUGAAUCCAAGGCAGUGUGAAUCCUUCAAUACAUUUGAAUGCUGCAGCACUGAUAAAGAAAUUGAACCUUCAACCUCUGACUCUGAUGUUCUUGCUUGCUAGAACAAAUAAUCUAUCAACCCUAACCAAAACACAUCAAGUUGGUCAUAAUUAAAAAGACAUGGAUACUGACCAAGGCAAUCAUCAUUUGACCAUGGUAUUCUGGUUGUUCUGAAAGUGCUCAAAAGUACUUGGUAACUAUUUGGUUUUUGCGUUUUUUUGACAAUCACUGUUAUCAUAAGGGGUUUUUUGUUUUUUUGGAACUUAACAGAUGUUAUUUUGUAAAAAAAUUGUAAUUCAAUACUAUUUCUCUACAUAGUGUUAAAAAAUGAUGGCGUAAUACUGCAGUCAAAUUUGAUAACUUGAACCUUGAAUGGAAAUUGAAAAAGGCUUGAGUUCAAGCUCUCAGGAGUUGGAACAAAGGACUGGAAACAAAGGAAAAAUGAUGUUUUACUGUUUUUCUAUUCAUACCUUAUACAUUUUAAUAAAAUUCAAUUAUAGAGAAGUCAAGUGAAAAUGGAACAAUAAAUUACUGUAGAAAUUAAAUGCAACAAAUGAUUUAGACUGCAGUACAUUGUUUUGAUUUGUCAUGUAUUGACAGAUGUGAUUUGAGUUAUAAAUGGUAAAAAUAUGUAGAGAAUGACCUGAAGGGAAAUGAAAAAUGCUUUGAGUUAAAGAGAGGUUCAAGUUAUUAAAUUUUUUUUUUCCAAAAUGAAAGGUGCAUGCACUACCAGAAGUAGGUUAAGAGGUGUACAUGUACUUUUGAGCACUUCACAGAUUGGCCUUACAGUAUAAUUCAAUGUAAAAGGAAAGAGAGUGACUACUCAUCCAGAACUUGAGGUUUAGAUAUACCUAAAGUGCACAGUACUGAGAAGUGUCAUUAGCCAUGAAAUGUAGCCUGAUUGUGCUAAAUGGCAAAAAAAGAAAAUACUUCUGUGCUUAAUGGUCUGAGUACAUAGGUUAACUUCUAUAGUCAAAGAAUGAUAAUUAGUAAACUAAAUUCCAUUAGUGGAUGUAGUAACAGUUAAUUGACCAUUGGUGGAGAUCCUACAUCAGAUCAAAAAGACAAUACUAUGUAUAUCAGUGUGGGGCUAGCAGAAGUGUGUGACUUGAGUUAUAUGCUAUUAAGCUAGAACUAAAAGUCUAAAAUCCCACUUGCUCUUUCAAAUUUGACUGGAAAUAAUGUAUAGUUUGUCUGAUGCCUUGUUGAGUGGGCAAGAAAGCUAGAAAAGUUUAUUCAGGAGAUAUUGAAGGCUUUAAAUUAGCUAAUGAAGCUUCUGAUUUGCCAUGUCAAGAGAAAGUAAAUGGCCUGUGCUGUUGAAAAGUAGGGUUAAAAUGUUUAAUUCAAACAAUAAAAUUUGACCAAAGGA